AGCUAUCCCAAAAGUCUCUUUGUUCCUCCAACAUCCAUUGGACUGAGAGUUUAAUCUCUUACUCUUUCUCUCUGUCCCCCCCUCUCAAUUCAAUUAUCUCUCUGUUCCCCCCUAUCUCUCUCUGCCCCUCCCUCUCUCUCUCCCCUCUCUCUCUCCCCCUCCCCUCUCCUCAGUUCUCCCAGGUGCAGCAGGUGAUAGGGUUGUUAGGACUAUACAGAGGAAGUAGUCAUUGUGUUGGAGUGUGCUUUGUGAUUAAUCUCUAAUCACACACACACACACAGAGAGAGAGAAACAUACACCAGGGAUGUGGACAUACUGAUCCUCAAGUGAUAUCUGCUAGUUCCGAAUUAGUGUCCAGAAUUAGUUCCAUCCCGAGUGUUCUGCAGUCAUCUUUGAGAUCCAGUCUGAGUGUUCUAGAGUUGCCUUAGUGUUCUGAGUGUUCUAGAGUUGCCUUAGUGUUUUUGAGUGUUCUGAGUGUUCUAGAAUGGUCUUCACCCCACACUGGAAAGACGGGAGGGGACUGGACAGUGCGCAGCUCCUGCCGUGACGACACCUCUAGGUGACUCAUGUAGUAUUAUCAGUAUGAACAUCAGUACCAGUGAUAGUUGUGAUGCAUUCCAACUCUCCAGUAGCCACGUCCACGUCCCCAGUAUCACUUGGCCCUACAUCGCCGCUGAGCUGAUCAUCGCUCUCCUCACUAUCGCUGGGAAUUUCCUGGUCUGUCUGGCCGUGAACCGAAACCGGAAGCUACGCACCGUCACCAACUACUUCCUGGUGUCGCUUUCGGUGGCCGACAUCUUUGUGGGCGUGCUGGCGAUCCCGUGUGCCGUGUUGACCGACUUGGGCCAGCCGCGCCACAACCUGCCUCUGUGUCUGCUCCUCCUGAGCGUGCUCAUCGUGCUAACCCAGAGCUCCAUCCUCAGCCUGCUAGCGGUAGCUGCAGAGCGCUACGUGGCCAUCCUGCUGCCGCUCCAGUACCAGAGGAUCGUGAGCCCCAGGAACGCCCGGCUGGCCCUGAUCCUCACCUGGUGUCUGGCCCUAUUCUCUGGUUCCAUCCCUCUGAUGGGCUGGCACGGACCACUGCCACCUUCUGGGGCCUGUCUCUUCACCUGUGUGGUCAAUUUGAGUUAUAUGGUCUACUUCAACUUCUUGGGCUGUGUGCUGGUUCCCCUGGUGGUCAUGUUUAUCAUCUACGGUCACAUCUUCCUCACGGUCCGACAGCAGCUCAGACGCAUCGCUGCCGGGAGGGGACCAGCCAGACCUGAUACCAGGGAGGGAGAGAGUGGACCAGCCAGACCUGAUACCAGGGAGGGAGAGAGUGGACCAGCCAGACCUGAUACCAGGGAUGGAGAGAGUGGACCAGGCAGGCCUGAUACCAGGGAUGGAGAG